AAGCAUUUACUGUAAAAAUCAUAAAUUGUGUAUAGAGGAGAAUAUCGUGUAAACAUUAAAAAGUGUAUUGAUAAAGUAAUUUAUCUAUAAAUACAAUUAUUGUUUUCUUAUUAUACUUCAAAAAAUAUGUUUAAGUCAUCGUCGAAGCUCCAAGAAUCCAAAGGCAAAAAGAAAGGAAAUAUAUGGCAGCUAUUUCGAGCCACGAAUUUUGAAUCGUUAAUGUAUCCUUGCUUCACUAUUUGUCGUAUUCUGGGCAUGUUUUCAUAUAAGAUCAAUGCUUUAAACAUCAAAAUUUGCAAAAUAUGCUACGUUUUAUCGAUCAUUAUUGCCAGCGUCAUUAGCGUUUGCACACUAAUAGCUUUAUAUGUACUCAAUUUUUCUAAAGAAGUUGAGUAUACAAACGUACCGAUAACCAAAAAAUUGCACGACAACUGGUUGCUUGUUUCCGGCGGUUUCAUGCAGGUUGUCACAUUCAUUUUAAAUAAACCGAGAAUGCAUUUAAUUCAAACCAUAUUGGAACUCUCUUUAAGAUUGCCCUUGGAAACAUACCAAAAUCUAUCUAGACUUAUUCAUACCAAGGACAUUUUUGGCUUAGUCUAUAUAUUCGUGGAAGCGUCGAUAAUUUUCUGCAACUUACCAGAAAACUUUUUAUCGAAGAUAUUCGUCCUAUAUAACAUCCUGUUCUCGUUUCAAAUGGAUAUGUUAUACAUGAAUUGUGUUUUUGUAUUAAAAGCCUGUUUCAAACAAAUAAAUGACAAUCUAAUAAAUUUAGAGGCACCAGUAACGAAUGAUGAGUCAUAUAGCUUUAGAAGCAUCUAUUAUAAUGGGAGAAAUUCGUUGAUGCUCAUGGAACUCAAAGCUUUGAAGAAACAACAUUUAGCAGUCAGUGACACAGUACAAGUGCUAAAUAAGAUUUUUAGUGUGCAACUUAUUGCUAACAUGAUAUUAACUAUGACACGUUCUUCUUUAAAAAUGGGAUUGUUAAUAUGGACUUGCGAAACCGGCAAAAAUCAAGCAGCAGCUAUCAACACUACCGUCCAUAGCGUGCUAAACAGCACCAGCGAUAAGGAAAUAAAACACGAGUUGCAGCUAUUUUCUCUACAAUUAAUGCAUCAUAAAAAUGUGUUCUCUGCAAAAUGGUUUAAUAUGGACGUAGCACUUCUCACUGCUAUGAUGCGCGGCAUUACUACGCACUUAGUAAUCUUGAUACAAUUCCUGUACAUAUCUUGCAAUGAGUAACCUACAAUUCAUUUAAAUAUAGUAAGCUAGUAAAAAGAUACCUGAUCAAAUAAACAAAAAUAUUUAAAUAA